CCAGGCAUCGCGAGAUCUGUCUUCUCGUCUCCGAUGCCAGGAGCUCUCGGCGCUAUGGGAGGACUCUGGCGUGGGGCAUGGAGGCGCGUUACCUUCUGUGGCUGGCGCUGGAGUCACCCUGGGUCCCCGACCAAAGUUGCCGAGAGCGCAGAGCCGUUUCUCAGGCCGGGAAGGAGUGGGACAGGAAGUGCUGAGAGGGGGCUGAGGCGGCUUGGGACAUGGAGGCGCCCGAACCCGGGCCCAGACCUGGCCCUGCAGCCGCCAUGGCGGCCGAAGAGCACGAACCCUUUCACGCGCGCGCAGGAGGAGGACUGGCGGCGUCGGAACAAGACGGUCCUCACGUACGUGGCCGCCGCCGCCGUGGGCAUGCUGGGGGCGUCCUACGCCGCCGUGCCCCUUUAUCGGCUCUAUUGCCAGACUACUGGUCUUGGAGGAUCAGCAGUAGCAGGUCAUGCAUCAGACCAGAUUGAAAACAUGGUGCCUGUUAAGGAUCGAAUUAUUAAAGUCACCUUUAAUGCAGAUGUGCAUGCAAGUCUCCAGUGGAAUUUUAGACCGCAGCAAACAGAAAUAUAUGUAGUGCCAGGAGAGACUGCACUGGCGUUUUAUAAAGCUAAGAAUCCUACAGACAAACCAGUAAUUGGAAUUUCUACAUACAAUGUUGUACCAUUUGAAGCUGGACAGUAUUUCAAUAAAAUACAGUGCUUCUGUUUUGAGGAACAAAGGCUUAAUCCACAAGAAGAAGUAGAUAUGCCAGUGUUUUUCUACAUUGAUCCUGAAUUUGCUGAAGAUCCAAGAAUGGUGAAUGUUGAUCUCAUCACUCUUUCCUACACUUUCUUUGAAGCAAAGGAGGGACAGCAGUUGCCGGUUCCAGGCUAUAAUUGAAGUUAGCACCUAAGUCCUGCUUCAGAUUUGUGAUUUUUGAAAAAUCAUGUAUCUACUCUUCUCAGGGGAGAAAUAUCCUACAGUAAUGUGAAGCUAUUUUAAAUAUUAUUUAAUGCUGUUUUUUUUUUU